AUUUGAAUGUAAACUUGUUUCUGUGCUGCUAUGUGACAGAAUAUUCAUAUUCCCAUACAUAUUGAUCUGAGCAUCUUUGAGGAACAAUGCAGCAAGCCAAUGAAAACCAAGCCAGGAGAGAUAGGAGCUGCUUUGAGAGCCUGACCUUAUGGGACCUGAAGAACCACAACCACAAUCCUACUCUGUGGGUAGUUAAAGACAGAGAAGAAGACGUAGAAUACCAGGAGAAAAGCGAAAGUGAUGAGGAGGAAGAGUAUGUUUGUGUGAUAAUAGAAGGGUCAGAGGUGGAGGAAGAUGAUGAGGAAGAUGAGGAGGAGGAGGAGGAGGAAGAGGAGGAGGAAUACGAGGUUACAUGUGUAGGGGAGUAUGUGGAGGAAGAGGAGGAGGGAUACGAGGUUACAUGUGUAGGGGAGUAUGUGGAGGAAGAGGAGGAGGAAGAGGAGGGUUUGUUAGAGGUUGUGGUGAAAGAGGAGGAAGUAGAGGAGGACGAAGAAGAAGAAAUAGUGGAGAGGUAUGAGAAGGAGAAGAAAGAUAAGGGCCUGAAACUGAGUGUGAAGGGGCUGAGAGUGAGACAGACAGGAGAAGAGAAGUACGGUCAGCUCAGAGAGAUCCUAGGAGACCAGUAUGUCAGGGAGGUUACCUGCGCCCCUGAAGGAGAUAGAGUGGUCCUCCACCUCUAUCACCCUAGUGUACCUAUGUGUUCCCUGUUGAAUCACCACUUCAGUCACUUGGCCACUAAAUUCCCUGAGUGUAAGUUCCUGCUGAUCCUGGCGGGGCAGUGUGUCCCCAACUACCCUGUCAGCCACCUCCCCACCCUGUUCAUCUACGACUCAGGAUGUAUCCUCAACUCACUGAUAGGAGAGAAGGCCUGUGGAGGGAGGAAUGUAUUGGAAGAUGAGCUGAAGUGGAUGCUGGCCCAGUCGGGAGCGUUUGUGAUUGACAGCUACGAGGCCUUAUACCAGGAGGGCACGCCCAUCACAACGCCGCGUUCGGAACAGGAAGACUACAGCGAUGACCAGUCUGAUCACUAUGACAACCAAGGCACCGAGGUGUAG